AUGAUACUAUCCCUGAGGGGGAGGAGUCUGUCACUAUUGGGUGGAGCCUGUCAUCGUCCACACCCAGUGUGAUACUAAUGGACCCCAUCACAUCAACCAUCACCAUAACUUCUCAGUUACUAGUAUCAGUGUUAAAUGAUUCUAUGAUAUCAGUGGCUGAAGGAGCAGCUGUUAAGAUAUGUUUGAUGUUGAAUGGAGUGGGCGGAGUCAUUGGUGUUAAUGUUAGCUAUUCUAUUUGUGGAAACACUAGUGAUUAUUCUGGUCUAGCACCAUCAGGAAAUAUUGGUUUCACCACUGAUGUAUCUUGUAUCACAUUAACUAUUACAAAUGAUAGUAUCAUUGGGAAUAAUAGAUCAAUAAAUAUUCAAUUUGGAUCAGUAACUGGAGCUACGCUGUCUCCUAAUAAUAAUACAAUAGAGAUCAAUAUAAUGGAUAAUACUGAUGUAUCAGUGUCAAUCAAUUCUUCAGUAACAGUAUAUGACAAUUCCUCAUCAGUUGAAUUAUGUGCAACAUUAAGUAAUGAUAAUAUAACCUUUGAUGGAGAUAGUCCGACACUUUCAGCCACUACUGAAGGAAAUGCUACCUCAGAUGUGGAUUAUAGCCUUGUUUCAAUGGAUGUCAUUCCAAAUGUUCCUGGUUGUGGAUCAGUAUCAAUAUUGAAUAAUGGCACUGUUAGGGGGGAUAGACUACUGACUAUCAACUGGACACUAAUGUCUUUACCUCAAAUCAGUGGUGACAGGAUCAGUCUUGAUACUGAAUUAACUGAUAUUAAUAUCAUUGAUACUGAUUGUAAGUGUUAACGUGUUGGUAACACCAUACAUUCACCUGUAACUUUAAUUGUCAC